AUGGAGUGCGGACCAAGGAUAGAGGAUGGUUCAAUUCGUGUCGAUGACACCGAAUUAAACAAGGUGAACUGUUUCAAGUACUUUGGAUCCAAAGUGACUCCCACAGGCGACAUUGAUCAAGAAGGUCGAGCACGUGUUAAUGCGGCAUGGAUGAAAUGGAAAAUGGCAACAGGGGUACUGUGCGACAAGAAAGUCCCUGUUCGACUGAAGUCGAAGAUCUACAGGACGGUUGUGCGUCCUGUUGCUCUUUACGUAUGCGAGUGCUGGCCGACGACGAAAGCCUUGGAAAGAGUGUUGCACGCUAAGAAGAUGCGGAUGUUAAGGUGGACGAUAGGUGUAACGCUAAAAGAGAAACAUCCAACGACACUGUGCGCUCCAUCUUCGGCGUCGUCCCGAUAA